AAAAGCAUCACAGCCUGUGUUCCACCAUCUUAAUAGAUAUUUUACCCCUUGUAAGGAGAGGCUUGUAGGUUGGGACAAGAAGGAUGAAAAUCUUACCGUUUCAUCAAAAGUCAGGUAUGCCUGCUUUGCUCUAGGCCACGAAUAAGAAUGGCAGGAGGCGUGGAGUCAUACAUACGGGAACUGUUCUCACCUCCAGUUCAGACCUGACAGAGCUGCGUUUGGUCUACAACAGAAAGGGCCAGAGUUUCAACAUGACUUUAAAAGUAACCUAUUCCUUAAUCUGCAGCCCUCACAGAGACUUCCGAAUGGCGUACGCCACUAGCACACUCGCGCAGGGCUGUUUUGGGAAGGUGUAUAAGGAGAGGUACAAUGAUACCUGGGCUGCUGUGAAGAAGGUCCCCCAGCAGCUCAUACCCAAGACAGACCUGGAGAGAGAGUGUAAAGUUUACAACGAAGCGAAUCAUCCAAACAUAGUGAAGCUUCUGGGCGACAUAACACUCAGGGAUGGGAAAUGGAUAAUUCCACUCGAGUUUAUCUUUGGAGAGGACUUAGAGACAACUAUCUUCAAGUCUUCAAAGUCAAAGAUACAGCUGACACCAGCAAAUAAAAACACCAUCAUUGUUGGCAUGUGCGAAGGCCUGCUUCACCUCCACUCGAAAGACAUUGUCCAUCAAGACUUAAAACCUGAAAACAUCAUGGUGGAACAUGACACAAACCGAGCUGUAAUCAUAGACCUUGGACUUGCCAAGUUCUUCAGAUAUGGUCUUAACUCUGCAAUGGACAUGGGUAAUGAGGCCUACUCAGCUCCUGAGAUUUUACAGAGGCGCAGCCAACGGAACCAGCGCUCAGAUGUCUGGGCCAUGGGGAAGAUUAUAACUGAGCUCUGCGCUAGAGUUCGGCUAUACACGCCUAGUGUCUGCCCUGCCAAGAUCAAGGAAACCAUUGGGGAUCAGCCGUACUGCCAUAUUGUGUGUAAGAUGGUAGAGCCUAACCCUUCUUUGAGGGCCACAUUGAGUCAGGUCAUAGGUGAAAUACGAAGAGUAGGAGGCAAAGGCACUGUCACUAAUGCACCUGUUCAAAAGGAACUGCUUAAGAUACCCUUACCUGACACUCCUCGAAACCGCUUCCCAUCACCAAUAAACAGAGGCGCAUCUCCACUACACAGGGAUGUAUCACCCAUGAACCGGGCUGCACCAGCUUUCCAGAGAAAUCCAGUACCCGCUAACCAAGACAGGUCUCCAUCACCACUGAAAUUCGAGCGCACCCCCAGACCCAAUUUAAAACCCAUGCAUCCCCAUGGACAGUACUGUCCUCCUUCCCCUAAGCCAGCGAAGGAAAGGAGCAAAGAGCAGGGACUGGUCCCAAAAGGCAGAGCAGACAUCACAGACGACAUGAUGAAGAUGAAGUUGUACCACGAAGCUGCCAAGGAUCUCCCCUGCGACCUUCCAACAACAGGAAAGGUGGUGGUGCGUCGCUUUGAGCAUAAAAAUGGGGAGUGUGAAAGAUGGACGCAGACGGAGGUGGUCACCCGUGAUGGACAGAUAAUCAAGUUUGACGAUAUUAAGUUUGACAGCAAAUAAGGUGUGGAAUAUGCAUGCUUUGCAAAUGAUAGCUGAAUGACUGGUUUACUUUUUGGCUUUAUAUGACGUGACGUGUUCGAAGUGUGGAAAUGAUUUAAAGACAAGUGCUAUUAUUCUUCCAGAGUCUUUUCGAAUUGUUUUUGGCUAUUGGAAUUUGAAUGAUGAACGAGGGCCUGAGAAUUUCAUCCAUGAAAAAAAACACACUAUAAAGUACUCAAUGCUUUCUCUCAAAUGUCCACACAUGAAUCCUGCAUUUUUGCACAUAAAAUGAGUCACCUCAAUCACUCACGGAUCGAUGAGCAUGUCAAACACCGUCUCACUGUUGAUCCUCUUGAAAAAAGAAAUAAUUUAAUAUCCCAUUAAGCUGUUUUUAUUAAGCAAAGCUGCAGUGAUUACCUGUAUCCAACACCACAGCUAACCAGCAAUUAUACUGUAAAUAAAAACUUAACCUGAGGCUCUCAAACCUUUUCACCCAGCCACAGUUUAAAAUAAGCAUGCGUUUCCACCAGUUAUGCAAAGUCAAGCUCAUGUUCACAACAAUCAUGUGCUGUCAAUGAGCGACACAAGGCUUCUGUUAAGAUGAACGCACUUACUUUUAUAUAGCAUGUAAUAACUUUUUAGAAGCGUAUUUCAAACAGAUUGAAAAGUAGAAUAGCUUAGCCUUCUGAAAUGCAUUACGCAUGUAAAUACUGAUGUGGCAGUACCAAAUUCAAAUGGAGGGCCAGACAUCUGCCUGUUGGCCUCCAUAGUUAGAUAACAGGCAAGUAUGAUCACGUAUUCUUUACAUGGAAGUGUGAAACUGAUUACUGCAAACCUGUGUUAUCUGUGAAAUGUAAUGCCUACAAUAUGAUAUGACCAGCAUUCACAAAUAAAUGAUGGAUUUAUGUUUGC